AUGAUACCAUAUCGUGGUGAUCAAUUUGAUCAUUUCAACAAUGGACAACCUGUUAAUCGACAUGUUGUGUUUUUCCCUCAACAACAACAGCAACAUCAACAACAACUACAACAACAGCAACAUAUAGGACAACAUCCAUCUAUAAUGUAUAAUGCACCCACUCAUAAUUUUUAUCAACCAUAUCCUGGUAAUUUACCAAUGCAACAACAACAACAACAACCAAUGAUGUUUGUCCAAUCUCAUCCACGUCUACAACAAUCUUGGAUAAUUCAGUCACCUCCUGGACCACCUAAUACAUCUAUGCAAACAUUUAUUCCAUCACCGCCAACAACUUUUCAUCAUAUGCAACCACCCUUACCUCCACCUCAACUAUCAUUCAGUAAUGGUACUGGUAUUCCUCAGCCUUCAUUUAGUGGUGGAACUGGUAUUUCACAAACAUCAUUUACUAAUAAUACGAAUAUUUCACAACCAUCAUUUGGCAGUGGUACUGGAAUUCCUCAACCAUCAUUUAGUGGUGGUACAGCUUUGUUAAAAAGAAAAAGUCAUUAUCUUGAAGAAUCGGAUUUCGAUGUACCAUCAAAUUAUGACAAUGAAAAUACAAAAGAACUUCCAUCUUUAAUGAGUCUUUCAUCACAAACAUUUCGUAAUAAUCAACAACAACAACAACAGCCACAACAUCAUUUUCAAUCAACAAAUCCUAGAUUACGAUUUCCACCAGCACCUCCAUCAGAACCAUUUAAUCCUCAGCUUUCUAACUCUCAAUGGUUGAACAGUGAUCGUAAUACAUAUCCUAUAAAUUCUCAAACAACUCAUCAAAAUUCAAAUGAGCAACAAGUAUUAACUAGUCAACUCUUUCAAAAACAUCAACUUAUUUCAAUAGAUACACUUCUUAAAGAACCUGGUCGAUCACAACGACCAUCACAAAUUAUUGUUUUUCUUCGUGGUUUACCUGGUUCUGGUAAAUCAUAUGUUGCUGAUUUAAUUAAAAAUGAAGAAGAAUUUCAAUCAAAAGGUACCAAUAAACCAAAAAUUUUUUCAAUUGAUAAUUAUUUUCUAACUGAAAAUCAACAAGAAACUAAAGAUCCUAAAACAGGCAAAAUUACAAAAUCAUCUAUAAUGGAGUAUGAAUAUGAUGUAAAAAUGGAAGAAACAUAUCGAAAAAGUUUAAUAAAACUUGUUAAAAAAUCGAUAGAUGAUCGUUUUUAUCCAUUUUUAAUUAUUGAUCAAAAUAAUGAACAAUUAGCACAUUUUCGAGACAUGGCAGAUUAUGCCGAAGCUAAUCAAUUUCAAGUUUAUUUUGUUGAAUUAAAUAAUGAUUCAGAAUCAUGUGUACAACGAAAUAUUCAUAAACGAACUUUAUCCGAUAUUCAACAAAUUCAUAAACACUGGGAACAAUUACCACUUCGAUAUGAAAUUCUUGAUAUUCGAUCAUUACUUCAAUCAGAUGCUAUUGAUGAAGUUGAAAUGGACGAUGCGCCUUCGAUAACAACUGAACAAAAUGAGAUCGAAGAGGAGGAGGAGAGUCAGAUUACAAAGAAAAGUAAAUGGGAAGCAAUGAUGGAAACAAAUCCCGAUCGUCUUGAUGGUUUAUAUCAACGUCGUAAUCCAUCGUCAUCACCACCGAUUGAAAAACGGUUGAAUAAUACAGCAAUUAGUAUUGAUGAGCAAAUAAAUGAUUUAUCACCAAAUCUUCAAUCAAAAAAGAAAAAAGUUCGUUGGGCUGAUAUUGAAGAAAAUGUUCUUCAUCUACAUAAAAAAGCUGUUGGUUUUGUAGUUGGUCAAACAGAACAAGAUUGGCAACAAAUGAGUGAUGAUUAUGAUCCAACUAAAAAAUUAAAUCAAUAUAAAUACAUUUAA